AUGGCACAGAAGUAUUUGGACAUGAUGGAACAGGAAAAGGCUAGACCAUUUAGAGAUUUUGAAGAGGAAUGGGUUGAUCUAGGAAAACAGCUUUGCCUCAAUGCUUUUGAACCAGGAAAUUCUCCUAAAGACGACGGGGAAGAAAUUGAGUCCCCAUCCCUUAAAAGAAAACUAAGUCAGGCGGAGGACUCUUACAUUUUAAACAAGAGGAGAACAAAGCUACAAAAACUAAGUGUAACGGAGGGUGAAGAUGUCAUACUGACCAAGCUAAGAAAAGAGGACCCACAAAAGUAUAAGAAAUUAGAAAAGAGAAUACGGGGAGAUGGAACCCCCAAUUGUUUGGGAACUUCGGUUGGAUUUAAGACCACCACGACAAUUCCAGUGUAUUCGUCUCAAUCGCCAGAAUGCAGUACGUCUCAAGGAUUUAAGACCACCACGACAAUUCCAGUGUAUUCGUCUCAAUCGCCAGAAUGUACUAUAUCUCAAGGGUUCAAGACCACCAUAACGAUUCCUGUGUAUUCGUCUCAAUCGCCAGAAUACAACACAUCAACGCCAGAAUCGCCUCAGCCGUCAGAAUACAGUGAGUCUCGAGGACUUACGACCACAACGACAACUAUUAAGUACCCCCCUCCUCAGUCGCCAGAAUGCAGUACGUCUCAAGGAUUUAGGACCGCUGCGACAACUAUUACGAACCCCCCUCCUCAGUCGCCAGAAUGCAGUUCGUCUCAAGGAUUUAAUGGGGCUUUUUUACAGCGUUUAGCUGGUGGUGCCUUUCCUCUUCAAGGGGAAUUAAAUGCCCUCAGUGAGGUGGUUGACUCUAUGAGAGUCGAUUUAUUACAAACAUCGAUGCUCAUUGACUAUGUUAAAGAUUAUUUAAAGAAUUACAAAUUUUAA